AUGUUAUCUAUCUAUCUAUCUAUCUUCUAUCUAUGUAUCUAUCUAUCCUCUUUCAUAUCUAUCUAUCUAUCUAUCUAUCUAUCUAAUCAUUAUCUAUCUAUCUAUCUAUCUAUCUAUCUAUCUUCAUAUCUAUCUAUCUAUCUAUCUAUCUAUCUAUCUAUCUAUCUAUCUAUCUCUUCUGAUUCUUCUUUAUCUAUCUAUCUAUCUAUCAUAUCUAUCUAUCUGAUUCUGUUCAUAUCUAUCUUCUAUCUAUCAUUCUAUCUAUCUAUUCUGUGCAAUCUAUCUAUAUAUAUAUAUCUAUCUAUCUAUAUAUCUAUCUUUCUGUGCAUAUAUCUAUCUAUCUAUCUAUCUAUCUAUCUAUCUAUCUCUGUGCAUAUCUAUCUAUCUAUCUAUCAUCUAUUCAUCUAUCUAUCUAUUCUAUCUAUCUAUCUAUCUAUCUAUCUAUCUUCAUCUAACCUAUCUAUCUAUCAUAUCAAUAUAUCUAUCUCUUCUGUUCAUAUCUAUCUUUAUCUAUCUAUCCAUUAUUCAUCUGAUUCUAUGUCCAUCUAUCUAAUCUAUUUAUCUAUCUAUGAUAUAUCUAUCUAUCUAUCAUUCUAUCUAUCUAUAUCUGUGUUUCUUUCUAUAUCUAUCUAUCUAUCUAUCUGA